AGUGCCCGGAGCGGCAUUUCUACACAAGCUGUGUAGAAUCAUGCCAAGGGCUCGGGAAUUGGCUUGCUGCCCGUGUAGCGCAGGACGGCAUGCAUGGAUGUCCUCUGCAUUUUGUGGUUGUGCUCCUUUCAGUGGCGCCUGGUGAACAUGCAGCACUCCCGCCUCACUUUGUGUCGGACUCUGCGCUUUCGCUGGCUGAAUGCCGUCAUCUGAUCCAUGCAGCGCAGAGGGCGGGAUUGCAGCCCUCGUUUAGCCAGGCGCGGAUUCUGGACCCGCAACUUCUGCAAGCCAAGUUUCGUGACCUUGAUCGCUUUGACCUCAAUGGGGAUGGUGACAUCUCCGCGGCCGAGGCAGCGGUUGCCAUCCGCUCCUCCCUGAAUGCGCCCCUCUUCACGUGGCGCCAUGCCAAAUCCAUGCUGAACUUGAAGAACGGCAGUUUGCCCUUGGGCCAACUGGAUCCCAGCCAGCUCGAGAGGGGGCUCCGGCUGCAGCUGGAGCAGUACCCGGAGGCCUUCUCCCGCUUUUCCUUCCAGGCGCCGCUCAGCUGGAUCGACACACCGCCAGGCUUCAGGCAGCGCCUGGAGAAAUUGGUGGAGGGACCUUUGGAGAGCGAGGAUCCCCAAUGGGACCAGUGGGACCCGGAGAGGGCACCUGGAGAUUUGGUGGAGGGGCCUUUGGAGGGGCGCCUUCAAGUCAUCCGAUACACCGUGGGGGGUCACUACGCGCAACACUCGGAUAGUGGGUGGCCCGGCCAUCGCCCGGUAUCUUUGCUCCUCUAUCUGCACGCCCCAGCGGAGGGAGGUGAAACUUGUCUUCUGCCUUCAUCCUGGAAUUUCUCGGCCAUGCUAAAGAUGGCUCCAGGACAGUAUCGGAGCAAGUGUGCCGAAGUGCUUGCAGCGGCGGGGGCUACUUGCUUCACGCCAUCCAUUGGCACGGCGCUGGCUUGGCGGAACGAAUGGAAGUUGGAUGGCAGCCUGGAGGUUCCCGCCGCCCAUGUUGCGUGCCCAGUGCUCAAAGGUGAGAAGUGGGUCGCCAGCGCCUGGGUCAGCCAGACAUGCAAGCCCCACCAAGUCUGCCAGCCUGGCGCGGCGGAUCUGAACCUGGCAGCCAUGCAGACGCUGUCCGACUCAGUUCGGCAAGGUGUGCUGGUGCUGGCCUUGCCGCUGCUGCUUGCGACGCUGGCAAGCUUCUUGCAGGCUGUUGCAACAGAGCCGGGAGUGCUCCCCAGAGCUUCUGUUCUUCCGGCGCUGUCGGUUUCCAGAGACGGCCGAGCCAGCAUGCACGAGCUUUGUUCUUUGUACGCCUCGUCCUGCAGACCGCCGCCCCGGCAACGGCCGCAGGACCCACAGAUGAAGGCGCAAGAGCGGCAAGAGGCUCAAGAGGAGUUUCGAGAAGAGUGGCAAAUCCGGCUCGCGCAAAUGCCCUGCUACGAGGAGGAGGAUGAGCCAGGAGAAGGCGAGCUACAGGAGGCUGAGGACUUCUGGCUCAAGGUGAUGGACGAUCCUCGGCUUCGGCACUUGAAGCUUUGCAGCACCUGCAAGAUUCGCCGGCCUCCACGCUGUUCGCACUGCAGCCUCUGCGACAACUGUGUGCGCGACUUCGAUCACCAUUGCUACUGGAUCGGGAACUGCGUCGGUGCACGCAACCAUCGGCCAUUCAUCAUCUUCCUGGUCACGACCGCCUGUUUGGCGUGGCUUUUCGUCGUGGUCGCUGCUCUUGACAUGGUUCUUACACUAUCUGGCUACGUUUUGCAUCAUGAGCUGUCCCUGGGCACAGCCAGUGACCGGGUUCUCGGUGGCCUGGUGGCUGUAGCUGUGCUGCUGCUGCUCGGAAUUCUGUCCUUGAGCCUGGUGCGAUGGUGCCGCAAAAACGUGUGGUCAACCAGCAACAAGGUGACGGGCCAGCGACGGAUGCAGCCAAGCCGGCGCUUGGACAGAGCCCAGGUUAUCCUGCAACUGCUGCUGGUCAUAGUCGGCGUGUCCCUAGUGCUCUUAGCAGCCGUGUUUGGAGUCCUUCCCUUCAUCCCUUUAGUAGUGGUGCUGCUGACCGCACCGCCCGCAGGCGGGCUGUCUGUCAUGAUCUGGGAGCAGCUUCGGAACCUCGGGAGGGGGCUGAAUGUGAAGCAGAGCGCCGUGCUUGCCAACACCCGUGCCAAAGGUGACACGGAGUUUAGCUUUAGUACCUUAUCCAGCUUCUUCUUCAAGGAGGCCACCCAGAGCGUCGCUCCACUGGACGCAGAGGUGCUGGAGGAUGUGCUUGAGAAAGGCUUAAGCAGUGCUGGUCCAAGUACCUGGGCCGGACAGGAUGACGCGGAGGACGCUGUCGUUUUGGCACGGAUGGCGUUUGGCUCCUGUGAACGUGUAGUUGCUCAGGCGACAUGCUUGCUGUUCCUGCUCUGGCCUCGCAGCGGCGCGCGCGCCUUCGCUUGGGCUCGCAGCUGGGCGGAGGGUCAUGUCGGGUCCCGGCCUUACAGCUGCGGAUCACAUCCUAUGGACGCAGAGGACGUGCGAGCUGCGCAGAUGGGAUGUUUGGGGCCCUGUUUGCAUGUGCAGUGCCACCUGGCACGGAUUCAGAAGGAGGAGAUCAAUGCCAGAUCGCGACCUGAUGGAUUUUCAGUCCGCGCUGCAGUGGGCGUGUCAGUGGUGCCAGUCAAGUUCAAGCCCGGACACAUGGACCCGCGUGAUGCCUCAGGUACUGCCUUCAAUCCCAGCUCAGUGGGUUGGGACCCAGCAGAUGCCAUGACGGUGGAGCUCCGCCGCUGCAUGAAUCGGCCAAAUGCCGUUCCACGAGAACGGCAUCUGUUUCCAGAGACGUGUCAGCAAGAGAUUGGCUGGAUCCAGGCGAAUCGAGGCAAGCUCGAUCACCGAAGUGAACCAGCUGGGAGCAAGCCAACGCGGCUGGGAGUGGGGUGGUUGAUGAAGGACGGGCAUGGUGGGCCCAUAAACAAGCUGGCAGCCAAAAGGGCAGCUGGCGAUGCUGAGCUGGCUGCAAUGGACAUCACGCCGGCAUGCCCUCGGACGCGCAAGUCCAAGGAUGGUAAUGUCAGAGAGGAGCUCGGUGUGCCGCCAUAUGCCACCAGCGUGCCAUGCGCAGUUUGGCCUGAUGAAGCAGCUUCUGAAUCUUGUAAGCCGCCAGCUUCAAGCGGAAGCAGGUCUCAGCGUAGCAAGAGGACAGCUCCUCGGAGCAAAAGCCAGUCCGAACUUGCAAAGGCUGGUAAGUCGCACGUGGAGCGAGCGGGAUCCAUGCCUAGCCUGGACCCGCAAAGGUGCUUCGUGGCACAAGAGGACGCUUUGGGGAAAGCAAUGGAUCGAAGUCGCUGCUUCCUGAAUUGUCCAUCCAACCACUGGUACAAGCCCUUGAGCAACUCGGAUGUUGCCAGGUUUGCGGAUGCCUACACCAAGGCAUGGGGGGUCAACCUGUACUGCACGGGCAAGUGA